UAUUUUAAUAAAUGGGCAACUGAAUUAGAACUUGCACUGAAGAAAACAAAGCUGAAGAGCUUAAGAGUAUUGAUCACCAAGUUGACUAUGUACAUUCCCUCCAAAAUAUAAAGAAGGAAGAGGACCAGGACAAGUUUAAUAACGAAAUCAUUAAGAAGACCAUUAGCAUCCAAGCAAUUAGAAGAGGAAGUGUGAAAAGAAAAGAAUACGAGAAAUUAUUAUUAGCUCGGAAGGAAUCAACGAGAUAUUUAAAAUUAGAAGAAUCUCAAGAAACUAUUCAAAAAGGAAAAGUUUAUGACUUCGACCAGCCCAGAGUAACAAAGAAAUACACCUACAAAUCAGGAGUUGUGUAUGAAGGUGAAUGGAAGGGAGGUUUCAGAGAUGGCAUUGGCACUCAGAAAUGGCCAGAUGGAGCAACCUACGAGGGAUCUUGGAGAUUCAAUAAAGCUGAAGGAAAAGGAAAGUUCACUCAUACUAAUGGAACCAUUUAUGAAGGUAGUUGAGCCAAUGAUAAAGCUAAUGGGUUCGGAGUAUACAAUCAGAUUAAUGGCGCUACUUACCAUGGACAUUGGCAAAAUGACAAUAUGCAUGGGAAAGGAAUUGAAAUACAGGCAGAUAAUUCAGAGUAUGAAGGGGAAUUUCAAGAAGACAAAAAGCACGGCUAUGGGGUGGAAAAAUGAAAUGAUGGUAGUAUUUAUGAAGGCCAGUGGUUUGAGAAUAAAAAAUGAGGUGUCGGAAUUAACAAAUGGAAUGACGGGAAAAUAUAUAGAGGAGAAUGGAUGGAUAAUAAAAGGAAUGGAUUAGGAUUUUAUGUUUGGAAAAAAGGCAGCAGAUUUUGUGGGCAGUACAAAAAUGAUCAAAAACAUGGGUAUGGAAUUUACAAAUAUCCAAGCGGGAAAUAUUUUAAAGGAUCUUGGGCUUUUGGUAAGGAGCAUGGUCUUGGCUGCUACAUAUUUCCAGAUAAUGCUAUUGAUAAGUAUUGAAUAUGGGAAAAGGGCAGAUGAAUUAAAUGGUUAGAGCCUAAAUUAGUGGAGAAGAUCAAAGAUGGAGACACUUCCUGGACUAAAUAUUUUCAAGAUAAUAACUCAGCUAAACAUGUUGAUAUACAAGCUGGUUUUACAAAGCCAAGAUGGUUUGAUAUCAAGCUUUUGGAAGUAUCUAAGAAGAUAGGAAAGCUCGGCAGUUCUUAAUUUUUACUUUCAUAUC